UUAAGAGGCGCGAUGAAAGCGAGGAAAUAUUUUAAUCGGUAUCGGCACGUCUGUGUAGUGCAGUCUGUCCGCGGACGUACCACGGAGUCUAUCGUGUUGGUGAAAUCAGCUUGAAAGUGAUUAAUUUGUUUGGGAACAACAACGUGAAAACAGAGCAGACGUAAUUAUUGGAGAAAACCAAAAACUACAAAGAGUCAAAAUGAUGAAUGGAGCCGAACUGGAGAUUUUAGAGGCUCGCCUCAGCUCUUUUGGUCAGCAGCAUCUUCUACAAUUCUGGCCACAACUUUCUCCUGCGGAAAGAAAGGAGCUCUUCGACGAGAUCCUUAAUUUGAAAUUGGAGGAGGUCACACAAUUCUUCAAGCGCACCAUGUCCUUCUCAUCCACGGAUCAGAAAAAACUCGACGAUCGUUUGCAGCCGGUGGCCGACGAUGUGUACGGCUCUGCGCUCAGAACGAAUGAAGACAAACUUGAGCUUUACGAAAAUAUUGGUCUGCGAGAAAUCGCGAAUGGCACCGUCGGCGUUCUCCUUCUUGCUGGGGGUCAAGGCACUCGGCUCGGAGUCAGCUACCCCAAGGGCAUGUACAACGUUGGACUUCCAUCGCAGAAGACGCUGUACCAAAUUCAGGCCGAGCGCAUUCGAAGACUCGAGACUCUUGCCUCAGAAAAAUUCAAUGGGAUCAAGGGCAACGGAAUCCCUUGGUACAUUAUGACAAGUGAGCACACUAAAGAACCAACCUUGGAUUACUUUGCCAAGCACAACUACUUCGGGCUGAAACGAGAAAAUCUGGUAGUGUUUGAGCAGGGCAUGUUGCCUUGCUUCACAUUCGAUGGCAAAAUCAUCCUCGAGACUAAAUCCAAAAUCUCGAAAUCCCCUGACGGCAACGGGGGGUUGUACAGAGCCCUUCGUGAAAAGAAAAUCCUGGACGACGUCGAAAGAAGAGGAAUUCAGUAUUUGCACGUCUACUGCGUGGACAACAUUUUGGUGAAGAUGGCUGACCCCGUCUUCAUGGGAUUCGCCAUUAGCAAGGGUGCCGAUUGUGCCGCCAAAACUGUGGAGAAGACUUUCCCGGAAGAAGCGGUUGGUGUUGUGUGCAAAGUCGACGGAAAAUAUAGAGUUGUGGAAUACAGUGAAAUUACACUGAACACGGCCAAGAGGCGCAACGACGACGGCCGAUUAACUUUCUCAGCCGGCAACAUUUGCAACCAUUUCUUUACGACGGAAUUCCUUCGUAACAUUAUCGACAACGAAGAAAACUCUCUGAUGCACCACGUUGCCAAGAAAAAGAUCCCGACAGUCGAUGAAAAUGGCAAAACCUUCGUUCCCAGCGCGCCCAACGGAAUUAAAAUGGAAAAAUUCGUUUUUGACGUUUUCCAAUGCUCCAAGAAUUUCGUCGUGUGGGACGUGGUGCGCGAUGAAGAGUUCAGCCCAUUGAAAAACGCCGACGGCGCGGCUAAGGACACGCCGACAACUGCCCGGCACGAUCUCUACACACUGCACGAGCGGUUCCUUCGAAAAGCCGGUGCCGUAUUUGUCAACAAGGACAAAUCUAUCAUUCCUCCUCUGUUGAAUGGUCUCAACGGUACAACCAACGGCCAGGAAGCAAAUAACAAUGACAUAGAGAAAUGUGGUAUGAAGCGACCUGAGGUGAUCGUUUGUGAGAUCUCGCCUUUGGUAUCGUACAGCGGAGAAAAUCUGGAGCACUUUGUUGCUGGAAAAACUCUCUGUCAGCCGUUCACACUCAGGGCCCCGGAAGAGUAACCUUGAUUUGAAGAACAGCGCAAAAAGGAGUGAUCUUGACUUUUUACUAAGUGUGUGUGGUUAAAAAAAAAAAAUAUUUGGUAAUUGCAAGUUGAAAGAAAUGUCCGGUCGCGUGCAAGAGCUUCUUUUAUAAGAUUGAUAAACGUGUAAAUAUUAUGUAAAUUUAUUGGAUUUUAAGUUCAUUCUAUUUUUGUAACAAAUAAACUAAAUGUUUACUUGA